GGGAUGUUCUCCCUCGGGCUCAAAGCAGCAGCAGCAGCAGCAGCAAUCGACCCGGACCGACCCAGCGGGGUGCAUUUUGGAGCUGUUGGGAAGGAGCUCCCGUUGUUGGGGCUCUCCUGGAGCAGAUGAGUGACACACUGAUGAACGGGAGGGUGCCCCUGCCCGAGAAGGCCUUGUCCGAGGGCUACGCGCGGCUGCGCUACAGGGACACCUCUCUGCUCAUCUGGCAGCAGCAGCAGCAGAAACUGGAAUCAGCUCCUCCCAACACGUACCUGAGCCGGAGCAGGAGCAUGUGGUACUCACAGUACGGCAAUGAGGCCAUCCUGGUGCGGGACAAAAACAAGCUGGAUGUCUCCAGGGACACGGGGCAGUCCAAGUUUUGUGCCAUUAUGUGAUUUCCGUGGGUUUAAAUUAGGGAUCCGCGCAUGGAGAGAAACCAGACUCGUGUGGAGCUGGGGGAGGUGGGUUUGCACCAUCCUCUCUCAGAGGUGCAGCUGAAGCAGCGUGUACAGG